AUGAGGAGAGCUUUGAUCAAAUCUUCAAGACUGAUUGACUCACAAUUUCACUAUCAUGAAGCAAAAAGAGUGUUAUCAAAUGCAAACCCUAGAUUAUUUUAUCUAAAAUAUGAUACUCAUACAUAUAAUUGUGGACACUCAUCACACAUUUUUUCAAGAGCGAUGUCUGCUGAUGCUGCUAAAGUAAAUUAUGAAGAGGUGAAGAGAAGUGGACCUCUUGUGGAAUAUGAACGCAGAAUCAAUGCUGGAGAACUUGAAGAUGGUGAUAAUUGUCAGAUUGGAACCUUAAGAGAAAUUCAAAGACUCUAUGAGGAACUGGGUAACUCUGCUCAUGUGUGUCAUUUGGAUCUUAAUUCUGAUUCUGGGAAAAAGGCGAGGAGUAGGUGGUUAUGGUCACGUUUUAUGCCUCAGUCUUCAGUGUCACCAGUGAAAGGACUUUAUCUCUAUGGAGGAGUUGGAACUGGAAAAACCAUGUUGAUGGAUUUAUUUUAUCAUCAAUUGCCUUGCAAUUGGAGGAAAAAGAGGAUUCAUUUUCAUGACUUUAUGUUGAAUGUUCACAGCCGUUUACAGAGGCACAAAGGGGUGUCUGAUCCCCUUGAAGUUGUUGCAGGCGAGAUUUCUCAUGAAUCUGUUUUGUUAUGUUUAGAUGAAUUCAUGGUUACUGAUGUAGCCGAUGCUAUGAUAUUAAACCGCUUAUUUAAACAUCUUUUCAGCAAUGGUGCUAUACUUGUUGCUACAUCUAAUCGUGCUCCAGAUAACCUUUAUGAACGUGGAUUACAAAGAGAUCUUUUUCUACCCUUCAUUUCCACACUAAAGGAUAGAUGCAUAGUACAUGAAAUCGGUUCAUCUGUAGACUAUAGGAGAAGAACCUCGGCGGAAGAAGGUUUCUACUUCAUACAAAAUGGUACAUCCGGUUUCCUUAUGCAAAGGUUUAAAGAGUUGACAGGGGAACAUACGGCUCAUCCUCAAGAGGCUGAAGUUGUUAUGGGAAGGACACUUCAGGUACCUUUGGGUGCUAAUGGAUGUGCAUAUUUUCCAUUCGAGGAGCUCUGUGACAAACCUCUUGGUGCUGCUGACUAUUUUGGAUUGUGUAAGAAUUUUCACACCUUGGCUUUGGAUGGUGUCCCAAUAUUCGGGCUACACAAUAGGACCGCAGCAUAUCGGUUUGUCACAUUAGUUGAUGUAAUGUACGAGAAUAAAGCCCGGUUGAUGUGUACAGCCGAGGGGACUCCAUUUGAAGUUUUUGAAAGAAUCGUGACGGUUGCAGAUGCUCAUAACAUAGCACCAAGAACCUCGUCAAGGUCAAGGAAAAAUGACGAUUUUGACCUUUGUGUUGAUAACGAAUUGGGCUUUGCAAAAGAUCGCACCAUUAGUAGGUUGACAGAAAUGAAUAGCAAAGAGUAUCUUGAGCAACAUAGUGAAAUGAUUGGAGACAACAAUGAGAAUGUGGUGCAUGCAUAAACACAAAUGAUAGUGAACAUUAUUACAAAAAUCAUAAUUGCAAUUCAAGAUGUUAACUUAGGAAUAAAGGUAGCCAUGUUUGAUCAAUAUUCGAUUGUGUAUGAUUAAUAGGUGGGCCUUUAGUUUCAUUUGUAACAUUUACAUGACCUAAUUAUGGAUCCCAUUUACUUGAUAUGCAUAAAUGAGAGUGGGAUCUUAUGUAUUAUAAUACAUCAUUUGUAAUUUGAAGUGUUUUGUUGAC